AUGUCGAAUGUGUCCAAUGAGCAGUCUUCACAGUCUCUGACUGACCACUUCAGGGCGCAAGCCGAGCCUUCUGCGACGAAACUCGCGAGUCCUGGUCCUGAUACUAACUCGAAGCGCAGCGUCGGCGCGUCCCAGAUCGAUAAUGACGUUAGCGGGACAGGCAGCAAGGAAGAAAAAAGCAAAAAGGACGAGGCCGCGAGGACUACUGCCGCCUCGCCACCCGCCCUUUCCGAAUCACAGAUCCAACUAAAUCGAUACCGAGAGCGAUUGGCACGGGACCUAGAGAGGCGCGAGAUGGCGACGAGAGGACUCACGGCGACGACCCCCGAAAAGAUGCGCGUGUCGCCGAUUAUGGAGGAGAGUGGCAACUCGCCACGCAUCAGCACCGCCGGGUUGGCGACAUCAUCCUCAAACCUCACUACAACGUCCACCGAGUCUGGCAACACCAUUCGCGGCGGCAUGACGCCGGGACUCGUCGCCGGCACACCGUCCUACCCGUUUCCGCGCAUGCACACCCCGGGCUACGGUCCCAGCUCGAUGAGCAGGGCGUUCGGCAACAUGUCGCCAACCGCCGCCGCCUUCAUGUCGCAAACCAUGUCGUUCGAGGGCUUCGGCACAGCUCAGGAUAGACUACUGUCCGGCUCAUCGACACCUGCCUCGGCGCUUACUUUUCUUCCCGCCGGAGCCACCGGCCAGUUAGAGGGCGACUUCCCGAGCCCGAAUCUAUAUGACCUGUCACUAAUGCUCACCGCCGAGCCGGGACUGGACGCGUGGUGGAAUACUGUCGUUCAGAUCAUGAGAGACGUGUACAAAGCCGAGAGAGUGACGCUCGCCGUACCAGCCGACUCUACCGACAUUGAAAAUGUGCCUUGGGGUCAAAAGGCGACGUACAACGAGCAUCAAGAGGACGAUCUGAGCCUUGGGUACAUGGCCAGGGGCAGCAGCCUGAUUCCCAGCAGUGCGGGCGACAUCGGCUCCGAAGAGACUCCCAUGUCUGAAGAUUCCGCGCGGCCACGAUUGCUGUCUCGGCCCAGUCUGCAGACGCGCCAUUCGUUCACUGCCUACGAAGACAACAGAGAACGCAAAGGGAACAAUGACAGGCUUCUGCCAUCGCGCCGCCCGACGCAGCUUGGUAGGAGCAAGAGCUACUUCCCGCCUGGCCAGUCAUCCGAAGAGAGCGCGGAGGCGCCGGGUCCGGCACUGAACAAGUCGGCACUCGCUGAACACGAUGCCGAGGAACAGAACAUCCCGAGCUGGGAAGCUCCCUUGGCCAAUCCCGAUACCGAAGGCAGGGUACUCCCCGUUCUUCAGGCUCUGGACUAUGAAGCCGACCCUCUCAUAGACCACAGCGGUGUCAUGCGUGUUCUCGAGCGUGGCAAGGUAAUCGCACUGACGAGAAGCUACCCAUACCUGCAGAACCUGCCGGAGGAGGUGCCCAUUAAAUCCAAGGUGACGGCCAACACGACAUCUGCAGAGGCAGCAAGGAAGAGGCUGAAGAAGGGGAGAAUUGAAUCUAGCUCAAAGUUGUCGUCGAUCCUUGGCGGCGCAAACUCUUCUUACGGCUCGAACCGUAGUUAUAACAGUGACAAACCGUCCAGCAUGAUAUCCCGACUCGAUGACGAUGAACCACGGCCGCCGACGCCCAAAUACGAAGAGUUUGAGCAAGCGCCGCCGUCGCCAUGGUCUCAGUCUCCGGCGCCGUCGCCGGCGGUGCGUGCAGACCCCACGGAGAACCCUUUUUUCACCGAUGCCAUGGUCGACGAGGAGUCAUUUAACCCCGGGUCUGCACCCGCCGACUACACCGGAAUGCGGCCGCCAGAAGCCAUUGGCGUGGACAACUCUUGGACCGUCCUCCACAUCCCGCUGACCCACGUCCUCCUCUCGAAACCUGUUCAUCCUUUCAAGCUCAAUAACACAAUCUUGGAGCAAAAAUCGCAUUCUCGCAAUCGGAGUGGGGUUUUAGAAGCGUCGGGAGACGAAGACGAUACCGGGGCCUCCUGGCAGCGGAAAGACAGGCCAGCGCCCAUUGCUAUACUCUCGAUACUGAGUCCCAUCAUCCCAUACCCCUCGAACCUUCGUCAUUCGUUGGAGUACCUCGCCCCGCACCUAGCAACCUCCUUCUCUCUAUGUCGUCAUUACACAAACUUGGAGACAGAGCUUACCGGUCUUCACCGCCGCAGGCCUCACACAGCCGGGUUUGGUGCGCUUGCGGCCGACGGUCGCCCUCUGGCGGACCCUGCUAGCAUAGGCAAUCUAAGCUUUAUGCCCUCGGACGAUAUCGCUGCCCAACGCUCGCUGGCGGGCAGCAUUACGAGUCCCAGCGACUACUCGGGUGUUUCCAAAAGUGCCGCCGGCUCCCCAAUUGGCACGCCCAGCUGGGACCAGAGCUCUUUGCACCAGCUUAUUGACAAGCGGGGUUCGGCAACCAGCCCUGCGCAAAACAGUGGCGAUAGCUAUUUCAGCACUAAACAAAAGUCGGCUUCGUCAAGGGUAGAGACGUCGUCAGGAAGCUCUCAGAAGAUGAGGAGAGGGUCAAAGGAGGACUCACCUGUCGACAAGCGUCAAGCUCGCCUCUCGGCAUCAUACAAGCUCCGUAUACAGGAACCUCCCCAGACCCCAGGAGAGAGUGAAGAGCUGGCGGAGAAGAACACCGAAAGUCGGGUUUCCACCCCUGGAGGUGCCAAGCGGGUGCUUUCUCAUGAGCUGAAGAACUAUUUGGACGAGAUCGCCGUGCUGGAACCCCGGAUAAAGGCAGUCGAAUACGAGGGCGGAGACCACAGCCACCACACAUUAUUACACUCUUAUGGUGCCGAUUUUGCGACUAGCUUCCAAUCUUUGCCGCCCAGCUCGAGCGUGGUCAGCAAGCCUGUGCCUCACACCGCACCCUCCCGGACGGGCUCGCUGUCACAAGGCCCGGUUGACAUGCCACCGCCGUCGGACCGAUUGAAGGGGCUCAUCCUCGACUCGCUCCCCGCCCAUGUAUUCGUCUCGCUGCCACAGACUGGCGAGAUCGUCUGGGUGAACAGCCGCUAUUUGACGUAUCGUGGCCAGACGGUCACCGACCUGGCUGCUGACCCCUGGGGGAGCAUUCACCCAGAUGAUAGGGAUGAAUACCUCAAGGCUUGGAGCCACUCGCUGCGGACUGGAGAGCAAUUCUCAAGGACGGUCCGUAUUAGGCGAUUUGACGGAGCGUACCGAUGGUUCUACGCGCGCGCAGUCGCAUCCCGCGAUAAACGGGGUGUCAUGAUGCAAUUCCUCGGUUCAUACAUGGAUAUUCACGACCAGCAUAUUGCUGAACUGAAGGCUGCACGGCAAGAAGAGAUCGAAGCCUCUGAAGCGAAGCACAGACUACUGGCCAACCUCAUCCCCCAAAUCAUAUUCACUGCCACCGAAGACGAAGGUAUCACAUUCGCCAACGAGCAGUGGCUGUCAUACACUGGCCAGAGCUUUGAAGACUCUCUGGGCCUGGGAUUCAUGGACUUUGUACACCCUGACGACCUCGCCAAGUGUCAGAUACCAACAGACAGACCACCGACCCCAAUGCCUUCCAAGUUCGACCGCAAAGGCCACCAAGAAGCCACUGAGGCAACGCUGGCCAGUCUCGUGUCGAGCAAAGCGCAGAGCCAGCUGGAGACGAACCUGAGGGGCGUUCACCAAGCGCUAUCGCGGAAUAACAGCUCCAGCAGCAGCUCGGUCUACGAGAUGCCCACCGCCGACAUCACAAUGUUGGCGAGGCAGGGUAUCAUCAAGGUGGCGACCGACAGCAACGGCAGACUAUCGUACACGACGGAGGUGCGGUUGCGGUCCAAGAACGGCGAGUAUAGGUGGCAUCUGAUCCGGUGUGUUGAGAUUGACAACAUCGACUUUGGAAACGGCGCCAGCUCAUACUUUGGAUCGGCCACGGACAUUAACGACCACAAGCUGCUCGAGGCCAAACUCAAGGAGGCUAUGGAGUCCAAGAGCAGGUUCCUCAGCAAUAUGUCACAUGAGAUCCGAACACCGCUCAUUGGCAUCUCGGGCAUGGUCAGCUUCCUACAGGAUACUACCCUGAAUGAGGAGCAGCGCGACUACACCAACACCAUCCAAACAAGCGCCAACAGCCUGCUAAUGAUCAUCAACGACAUCCUCGACUUGUCUAAGGUGGACGCCGGCAUGAUGAAGCUCAAGUAUGAGUGGUUCCACACGCGCUCCCUUAUCGAGGAUGUCAAUGAACUGGUGUCCACCAUGGCCAUCGCUAAGAGGCUGGAACUGAAUUACAUUGUCGAAGAAGAUGUGCCGGCGUGGGUCAAGGGCGACAAAGUCCGCAUCCGCCAGGUUUUGCUCAACGUCAUCGGCAACGCCAUUAAGUUCACGGCCGAAGGUGAAGUGUUUAGUCGGUGCAGAGUUUACAAAAACAAAGGUCUAGCCAAUGACGAGAACGAGAUUAUGCUCGAGUUCGCUAUUAUCGACACGGGCCGUGGGUUCACCAAGGAGGAGGCGGAUCUCAUCUUUAAGCCCUUCAGCCAGAUUGACGGCAGUAGCACGAGGCAGCACGGCGGUAGUGGUCUCGGCCUUGUCAUUUCCAGGCAGUUGGUGGAGCUCCACGGUGGCAAGAUGGAGGGAAGCGCGGUUCCCGGCAAGGGCUCUACAUUCACCUUCACCGCCAAGUUCGCUCUGCCGACAAAAGAGGAUCACCCUGAUGUGCCCCUAAGCCCGGAGAUACUUCACCCUCGCGUCGAGACCGCCGAAGACGUCACUGUGGUCCGUCCUGCGAAGACGCUACAGUCGCCGAUGGCUACAUCAACCAUAAGCCCGCGGGGCGAUCCCGAGUUCGUGUCACCGGCUCUGGCUUCUAGCGGAAGUUCGGAGCCUUCAGUGCGGUCUAGCAUAUCUCAGGCCACGGAGCGCACGUCCGUGUCGUCUGUCAACGUCGGCCUCGUUCAUUUUAGCGAAGCUGCCCGCGCAAGUGGACAAGACCUGUCGCAGAUGAAGUUGGAGCUUCCCUCAGGUGAGUCCUCGCCCGGCACGACGCCGACGCCGGAGACUGCCAAGCCCGGCAAGGCCGAAGACUUCAAGCCGCCCAUGUAUUCCAUCCUCAUCAUCUGCCCGCAAACCCACAGCCGCGAGGCCACCGCACAGCACAUUGAGAUGACGCUCCCCAAAGAUGUGCCCCACCAGAUCACCGCCUUAGACUCGACCGAAAAGGCCCAGAGGCUGCUGGGAGGAGAGGACUCGGUCAACUUCACGCACAUCGUCCUCAAUUUGCCAUCCCCCGAGGAGAUCAUCGGCCUGAUGGAACAGAUCACCAAAUCGACCACAAUCAGCAACACGACAAUCCUCAUCCUCUCCGACUCGGUCCAGCGGCAGGCCGUGAUGAGGCUGGCGACCGACACAGAGUACGAGAGGCUCGUGUCUGAAAACAUUGUAACGUUCAUCUACAAGCCGGUGAAGCCGUCACGGUUCGCUGUCAUCUUCGACCCCGACAAAGUGCGUGAUCUUAGCAUCGACCGCAACCGCUCCACUGCACAGCGAAUGGUUGAGACCCAGAAGGCAAGCUACCAGGAGAUUGGUAAGCGCAUGGGCAACAAGGGGUAUAAGGUGCUACUGGUUGAGGACAACCCUGUCAACCAGAAGGUGCUGCAAAAGUACCUGAAGAAGGUGGGUGUGGACGUGGAGGUAGCUGCGGACGGCGCCGAGUGCACCGAUAUGGUGUUUGCCCGCUCCCACAACUACUACUCCUUGAUACUGGUUAGUGUGUUCCUUCUCUUCCGGAAUUGA